CGAGACGCUAACAUGGCUAAGCAUCUCUCCGCACAUCCCGGUGUGAAACCCCGUGAACACUUAUUACUUUUUAUGAUUCCUACUUGAAAGUGUGCCAGGUUACCCGGGAAUUUAGGAAUGUCUUUUUUUGUUUUACUUUCGAUAUGUUCGAUAUGAAUAUCCAUGACGACAGGAAUCCAGGGAAGAAUGUUAUUACGUAGACGAGGCAAGCGAUAGAAUGAAAAACAAAUCUAUAAAUCAUAAGGUCUUCAAAAUAUUUUGAAUCACUUUAGGAGAGCAAUCCGAGAGUGCAGGUAUUUCUUUAGGCAGUUCAAAAAAGAUUGUUGUAUCUUCAGAAUGGCCACCACGGAAGAAAACAUAAACGAAACGAAAAUGCCAAUUACCGGCAAUGGAUACCCAGUUUAUUCUAGCAACCCUCCACAAACGAAUUACGUCACAACCGGAGUCCCGCCUUCUUACCAAUCAGUUGAUACCGGUAAUACCGCUCUUCUAGUGGAUCACAAUGUUCCACAUAACCAUGGAAUUGUCAGACAGGCUCCUUCGCAGCAACCUAUUCGAGAUUAUACUGCAUUUGCUAUCAUCGUCACAAUCUUGUUCUGCGUACCAUUUGGCAUUGUGGGAAUCGUCAAAGCAUCUGAGGCGAGAAACAAGCGCAACCUAGGAGACGAUGAGGGCGCCAGAGAGGCUGCUCAGAGUGCAUUUAGAUGGUCCUUGAGCGGUCUCAUUAUUGGAUCUAUUGUUCUGGUGAUUGUCAUAGUCUAUUAUGCAGUUCUCCAGCCAGUCCCAAUAUAUUGACUUUUCACAUUAAGAUGGCCUCAUCUGUUAUGUUCAAGGACGCACCUUUCUCAUUUAUCUCUAUUGUUUACCGACCAAUCGGUAGACAAAUUCGAAUCAAGAAGAUCUAAGAAGUUUGAGGUACUUAAAAUGUCAGUUGUGGU